GGCGGGCGGAUCGCACCUGAUGCGCAGGCGUCGCGCCGAGAACUGUCCCGCGCCAGUCUGCGUCGCGCGCUCGAGCCGAAUUACCGAGCCCGCGCGCUCGGCUAUCCCGCGAUAAAAUGCCGCUCUUUUCGGAACACAUCACAAACAUGUAUUACAGUGGUACUCCGUCAUAUAGUAGUUCUUCCUACGGUUAUAGCGGAUCGCCGUAUGGAACGUCGUACAGUGCAUCAUACUUAAACUCUGGUGGGAAUUACACAAACCAUUCUUCACUAACUCCAUAUACGAGAACUCUGUCUUCGCGUUAUUUAUUAGGAAGUGGUAGGACAUAUUCGCCUAUAUUAAGUACAAUCUCAGAAAAAGGAACAUCGAGUCCGGUUAGAAUAAAUAGUCCUAGAAGGACUCCCUUCACAAGUAGAGCUUAUAUACCCAAUUAUACUUCUAGACCUAUCAAUAUAAAUACUGCGGAUAUUGAUGUUUCACGCGAAAAAUAUUGCAAUAAAGCUAGGAGUGCUGGUAUAUCCACGGAAUCACAACGGCCCAGCACUUCAAUAAAUACUGAUAAAGAAUCGUCAUCUAACGUCGCUGAUAAGCCCAACACAGGUGUUGAUACUUCUCCAGGCACUCCUCCACAAAGAUCAACAAUAAAGCGUGACCGCCCUGUCGUAAGAUUACAUACAAUAAAGAGAAAAGAUAGAGAUUCUCCUCGAAAACCUAUUGAAUCUUCAUCUGUUGUGAACUCUUCAGACAUAACACUAGAUAAAGAUAAACUUGAGCCAUUGAAAUGGCGAGAAAGGUUAGCUGAUGAUUUAGCCUUUAAAAAUAAAAAAGAAAAGAAAACAAUUGGAGAGAAGCUUGUUGAAAAAUUUACACUUAAAGAUAAAGAUGAUAUUGACGUAGAUAAUAAUGCAUUGGAUAUCUUAAAAGACAAACCUCAAAUAGUUAAUGAUCAGAUAACUAAUAAUAUUGAACAAGUUUCAGUACCAAUUAGUGCAAACGCCACUACAAUCGAUAAUACGAAAAUGGGUAGACGUUGUUCUAUGGAAUUAUUAGCUGAGCAAGCUACACUAUUGGAUUCUUUAAUAAGGAGAGAGAAUUUAAGUACUGCAACUUUAGAUUUAAGUAAAAUUGGUAACGAAAAAAUUGAAGCAAAGAAAAACAAGGAAAUUGAUAAUAAAAAGAGAAAACUUAUCAAUCAACCAAACCCACUCACAACCACUAAAUCAGACCAUUCUUUAGUAUCUAAACGUAGUUCAAAAAGAAAGAGUUUAAGAAAGUCGACAUCUGGUGAAAAUAUUCGCACAUUGGACUGUAUAUCGGAAAUGCUCCCAUUGCCUCCUCCUCCCAUUGCCGAAAACGCUAUAAAAAGCGACGAGAUCAAGUCUUUAACUUCAAAUAGAAACAAAAAAACAAAAUUGAAACAAAAAAUUACAUCAAGUGUGGAAAUUUCACCACCGUCGAGUCCUUUAAAGUUUGUUGUUGAAAAUGUUACGGUAGAAGAAAAGCCGAUAGUAAAAAAGAAAGAUAUUAUAUUUAGUGCUGUGAUAGAAGACGUUAAUGUCACUAUCAAACCAAACAAAGCUACUUUAAAUGCAGUUGAAACAGGGCAUCGCAAAAGUGUAAAAAUAAAAUUGAAAUCCGACCAGAAAAACGUGACGUCUGAUAAUGUAGCUUCACCGGAGCCAGAAGAUGGUAAUUUUUGGGAUAAAAUUGGUAAACGAGAAACUGUUUAUUUAACUAACAGAAAAAAGGAUUUGGAAAAAGAAAAAGAAGAAAAGAAGCGAUCAUUUUGUUGGUUCCCUGAAGACAAUAAAAGUGAAUUAACAGGAAUGUGUGAUAAUAUUAGAUCCAGUCAGAGCGACAACCAACUAAAUAUUUUAAGUAAAAAUGAAGAGCAAGAAUUUUUAAAGCAACAAGAAAGUAUAACACUCAAUAUGAGAAAAGAUCAGCAAGUACAGACCAUUGAAGAAAAUUCUGAUAUCAAGGUUAGUGAAAUUAGUAAUAUGGCAAAAACUGAUGAAAAACAAAUAAUAUCGAAUAAACCAAAUGCAACUUCAGCAUUAGCAAAUGAUGACAUAGAGAAUAAUUUAAAAACAAAUGAGGUUGAAAUACAGGACCGAGACUUAAAAAAUAUUGAUGAUAAAAUUAUUGAAUCCGUAUCAAGCAUAAAUAAACCUUCGGAAAUAGUACAAAACAAUGGUGCUAUUCCAGAAAAUGAGAACAAAAAAAUAAAAUAUGUUAAAAAAUCUAAAAAUAGCCCUGAAAAAAUUAUUUCAGUUGUAUCAAAUAAAGGAGAAAAUGAUAACAAUGAUAUUAAAAAGAAAGAGGCAAAAAUCAAGUCAAUACCAAAAAUUGAAAAAGUUUUACCUAAAUCAACAUCGGCACCAACAAUACCCAAUAUAAAUAAAAGCGAGACAUUAAUCGUUAAGGCUGGAAAAACCGAUUCUGCUAAGGAAAAUGGGAAAAAGGCAAAAGAUCUUAUAGUUAAUUCUGAUUUUAUCAAAUCUACCCUGGAACCAAAAGUAGAAACGAAUAUUAAAAAUGAAGAGGUCCCAAAAGAAGAUACGAAAUAUGAUCAAAAAGUACAAACUAGUUCGAAUACAGCACAAGAAAUUACUGAAGCUCAUAAGAUAGAACCACAAAACUUACCAGAUGUAGUGGCUUCAAAUAUAAAUGACAAUUUGACCUCAAAAGGUGAUGAGGCUGAUCCUGUAUUACAAAAAGAGGUGAAUUUACAUACAAAUGAGUUACCUUCUAUGGGAUUUGAUAGUAUCAUAAAAUAUAAAAGUGAAAAAGAUAAUGAAACACCCCUAAACAUCUUACAUUCUCAACCAAAUACAAGUGAUGUAAUAAAUACAUACACUGAAAACAGUACAAAUGAAAUCAAUUUAACAAACGAACAUAAAACAAAUGAAGUUGAUUUACUUCCAUUCGGGAAAAAUUCUCCUGAAAAACCAGCAAUACUGCAAACAGAAGGAAGUGAAAGUAUUAGCAGUAAACAUACAGAUAAAGAUUUGUCAAAUAGCACUACAAAAAAAGAAGACAUUCCACACAUUAACCCUGAAUUUAGAUUGUCACAAAAAAAGAAACCUGAUGAUAUUAAGACUGAAAUAGAAAAAGAGAAAGAAAAUAAACGUGAAAGUGUUAAAAAACCUAUUCAAAAUGGCGGUAUUAACUUACUUUUAGCUAAUCGAAAGCCUGUUAAAGACGUACCUGCUCCAAAGCCGCUUAUAGCGACGCCGCGACCGCUUCAAAAGAAACCUCCUCCAGUUAUUCGGUCGAGUAGUUCCUCAGAAACGUCAUCUACCGAAGAUUCCUCUGAUGAAGAUGAAGACGAGUCAAGCGAAAGUUCGACUGACUUUUAUGAGUGUGAAAAUAACGCUGACGGUAGAACUUCGACUGGUUCAAACGAUUCAGGAUUCGAUUCAUCAGCACCUACGUCUCCAUCCGGAUUCAGUUAUGCUAGAAAAGACUGCGAUGUAAAUUGUCAUCGAAAAUGUGAAAAAUUGACGGCGAAUUUGUGCGGAGUCAAUCAGCGCCUCUUAGUAGAGGCUUUGGCAUCGCGGACGGCAUCAAAACGAGGUGCGGACCACCCCAGCACGUCCACAAAUGCAGUACAAACUAAUAACCACGACAUCGUCCAACAAGAGCUCGAACAAUCGACGGCAUAUGGCAUAUUCAGAAAGACGGGAAGAUUCACGCCUCCCGCUCGCAGCAUACCACGCUUUAGGAAGUACACCAUAGAUGACUUUCAAUUCAUAAAAGUGUUGGGAAAAGGCAGCUUUGGAAAGGUAAUGCUAGCUGAGUUACGGGAAACGGAGUACUACUAUGCAGUGAAGUGUCUGAAAAAGGACGUGGUUUUAGAAGACGAUGAUGUUGAGUGCACUCUGAUAGAGAGGAAGGUUCUAGCGCUCGGCACCAACCACCCGUACCUGUGCCAUUUAUUCGCAACAUUUCAGACUGAUUCCCAUUUAUUCUUUGUAAUGGAAUACUUGAACGGUGGUGAUCUUAUGUUCCACAUUCAACAAAGCGGCCGCUUCCCGGAGCCCCGGGCGAGGUUCUACGCAGCUGAAAUAGUUUCCGGCCUUAAGUUCUUACACAAAAGAGGAAUAGUGUAUAGGGAUCUGAAAUUGGAUAACAUUUUAUUAGACUUCGAUGGACAUGUUCGGAUAGCAGACUUCGGCAUGUGUAAACUUCAAAUAUACUUGGACAAAACCGCCGAUACUUUCUGCGGGACACCUGAUUAUAUGGCUCCUGAGAUAAUAAAAGGCCUAAAAUACAAUCAGACAGUGGACUGGUGGUCUUUUGGCGUUCUACUAUACGAAAUGCUGAUCGGUCAAAGUCCGUUCAGCGGCUGCGAUGAAGACGAGUUGUUUUGGUCCAUUUGCAAUGAAAUGCCUUCCUACCCUCGCUUCUUAUCGACCGAGAGUCUUAGCAUACUGACACGGCUAUUAGACAAGGACGCGCGAACGCGGCUGGGCGGUGUGGAAUGCAUGCAUGGAGACAUUCGGGACCAGGACUUCUUCAAGCCCAUCCAGUGGGACAAACUGGAGAGACGCGAACUUGAAGCGCCAUUUAAACCUCGAGUGAGACAUCCAUUAGACACUCAAUACUUUGACCGGGCGUUCACGGGCGAACGUCCGCGCCUCACGGCGGUCGAGGCGCAAGUGUUGCGCUCUAUGGACCAAGAGCCCUUCCGAGGAUUCUCGUAUACAAAUCCUAAUGCUACGGACCGUUGAAAUUCAUAUAAAAACAUUUUUUUCGUGACUUUAUAUCCUUUUUCAGGAUUCAGAUUUCAGGUUUUGAAAUACCGUUAUUAGGUUUAAACCAACCUGUAGUCUGUGCUAUCUUUGGUGAAAAAUGUCCUGCCGACGAAUUUAGAAUACAUUCUCUAGUAAUUUCCUUGGUAAUUUAUGGUGAAUGUACAAUGUAAAACAUCUGUAUGAUAGCAAACAGUUUUUUUAUUUUUCCUAGUUAUAAUAGGUUACGCUACCUACAACGUAUGUGUAAUGAGAAAAUAUUUAUGUAAAUCACAUUUGGUCUUUUAAAUAAAGUUCACAACUUCUUGUUACAUUUUUAAAUGUAACAAAGGGUGGUUUGAACUAUAGAAUGUAUAAUAAACAAUUCAACUUUAGUAUCGCACUCCCAAUUUUAUUUAUUUUUUUUUUUUUCGGCAAAGAACAAGAC